AUGAGUGAUACCUGCUACGAGAUCGACGCUUCUGGCGAUAUUGUCCUAGUUCUAUCCGCACAGCGACGAGCUUCCCCCAAGACCAGCCCAGCAGAGGGAACAACACAGGCAAGACCAGCGGAGUCGACUUCGCCAACAUCUACAAAAGCAGAUACGGACACACCUAUUCAAAAAGAUGCAAAAGAGAAAUCUCCUAAUUCAGAGGAAACCACAUCGUCUGCAGUUGAAACUCCGCGGGCCCGAUUCAAAGUCUCGUCGAACCAUCUCAGUUUGGCAUCAAACUACUUCAAGAACCAUCUCAAGAAACGUAUCUCUGCAACUAGCACAGCAGACCCGCCAGAGGAAGUGCAUAUACUUGACUGCGAUCCUGAAGCUUUACUGAUUGUCAUGAACAUAAUACACAAUAAAGGCCAGCAGAUCCCUAAGGAGCUGGAUUCGGCAAUGCUUUUGAAAGUCGCUGCUGUGGUCCGCUAUCUCGACUGUCUAGAGGCAUGUACCUUUUUCUUUGGAGUCUGGAUACAGCGGUUGGCCGAUGAGGUCUGCGACACAUGGGACAACAGCUUGAAAUGGGUCUAUAUCAGCUGGGCUUCCAAUCACCCUUCCUUGUUUACGGGCUCCACGAGUACCACCAUGUCUCGGAGAUGCCCGUCGUCUACGUAUCCUGCCGACCUCAAUCUUCCAGAUCGUAUCAAAGAUGAUAUCACGAAGGGCUGGAUGACUGGAUCUGAGAAGGCGAAGAGUGUCCUCUCAGCUGAGACUACACGCCUCAAGGGCGAGACGGUUUAUUGCCAUUUUUGCUGCGACUCUCUCCAUCUGGGGGCUAUCAUAAAGGCGACAAGCCAUGUGAAUAGUUCCUCGCUAUGCUCGGUGCAUGAAAGCCUCCAAUCGAAAACGACCCAUUGCACUGCUGGCAAGCCACGUUGUGUAAACGCUGCAUCUCUGCUCAUCUUGAAAUCUGCACUCGCGAAAGCAUGCACGGGAGAAGGGCUCAUCUUACAGAACUACCCGUUGAAUGACUGA